AUGGGAAAUGCGCUAAGCUGCAUAAUAUUUAAGCCUCCAAGGCCAUCCUAUACGGUUAGGGAUCCACACCUGCAUAUGAUACCAGGUCCAAAUGGAUACUCUAUCGCGGCGUAUUUCAUUAAACACAGGAAGGCAGAAUUCACCGUCUUUUUCAGCCAUGGAAAUGCAGAAGAUAUUGGAAAUGUUUUCCAUUCCCUCCUUCAUAGGAUAUCCAACUGGAAUUGCAACUUUUUCGUCUAUGACUAUGCAGGGUAUGGAAUGAGUGGAGGCGCUCCAAGUGAAGACAACAUUUACUCAGACGCUGAGGUUGCCUUCGAUUACAUGGUCAAAGAAUUAGGUAUCGAUCCUUUGUCCGUAAUUUGUUUUGGAAGGAGUUUGGGAAGUGCUCCCUCAAUGCACAUUGCUGUUAGACGAAAGAUAUGUGGUCUUAUCCUACAGUCUCCCAUAGCUUCUAUUCUUAGGACAAAAAUAAAAAGGCUAAAACUGAGCUUUCCGUGUGACAUGUUUUGUAAUAUUGACAUCGCCCCCUAUAUUAAAGUACCAACUUUAAUCAUUCACGGCACCAAGGAUGAAAUUGUACCAAUAUAUGGUUCGAAAAAGAUGGCUAGGAAAAUAGAAGAAGUCUACUAUCUCUGGGUUAAAGGAGGAAUGCAUAACGAUCUUGACUACAAAUACACACGUAUAAUGGAGGGUGCAAUUCAGGAGUUCUUGGAAAUUCUGAGAAGACAGAAACGCGAUGCUAUGACAAACUAUAAUAGAAUUUUACCUUCUAAUGAUGAAAAACUCAAUAGUUGUGGGUUGUAUAAACACGGAACAUGCAAAGACGGUGAUACCAAUCUUUAUCAUAGCCUAGAUUCAAUUGUAACAAACGAGAGUAGGUACACAGAAAUUAGUCGUAUUUCAGAUUUGUCUAGACACGAGUUUCCCGAAAUCGACAAAGAAAAGGCAUCAAUAUUAGCGUAUGAGGUACAGUACAGAAAGUACAAGGGAUAUAAUUCUGGGCCCGGCGCUGUGCUCACAUUUGCAGGAAGCUUUAGAGAGUAUGAUCAAGGAUACUUAACAGAAUCCUCGAACUCUGAUGAAAUAACUGAAAAACGUAAAAGUAAAUGUAAUCCAUUUACACAGUGCUUUUGGAUAAAGACUGGGGUUUAA